AGGAAAUAACAUUCGAAUAACUAAGGAGAUCAGUACAACGACAAAUACCAAAAACUUACAACACAUUUAAUAUACAAAUUACAAAUGCCUUUAAAAUCUAAUCAUUUACAAAUUAAAGUAGUUCUGUGUUAUAUUCCUCUGCUAGUGCUUGUACACUAACUUGUGAAUUUUCAUCGAAAUUUGUUUCAAAUUGAAAUGUUAUUACGAUCUAACAUGUAGGAUAAAACAAAAAUAACUUCUGGAAAAAAUAUGUACCUGCGAAUAAAUUAUUUAAAAAAGAUAAUGUAUCAACACGUCACGUAUUUAUCUGUUUAUUAAGUACAAGAGACACGAUAAAAGCAAUCAGAACUCAAUUAAGAUCAUAGUUGGUUGACGCUACAAUAACAGAAAAGGAAACAUCGACAAUGUUAAAAGAAAUCGUUCUAUUGCUUGGUGUUGUAACGCUGUCAAACGCCAGACCCGACUUAUUGGAUUUCGACUCCAGAAAUGUUAUAACAGUGCCCCCUAAUUGUCCGGGAGGACAACAAUGGAUUAACGGACAAUGUCGUGACGUAUGGCGUAACGCUGCUACACCUUCUAACAUGAUCACGGUUCCUCCUAAUUGCCUCCCCGGUCAAGUGUACAUCAACGGACAAUGUCGUGACGUAUGGCGUAAUGAAGCUUCCCCUUCUAACAUGAUCACGGUUCCUCCUAAUUGCCCCCCCGGUCAAGUGUACAUCAACGGACAAUGGCGUGACGUAUGGCGUAACGAAGCUUCCCCUUCUAACAUGAUCACGGUUCCUCCUAAUUGCCCCCCCGGUCAAGUGUACAUCAAUGGACAAUGUCGUGAUAUCUGGUUCAAGAGCAUUUUUGGACUAUCUGAAAAAAGGGAGCCUACCCCGUUCGCAAAUUUUCCUGGAAAUGAUGAGCACGUAUCAUCUGAUACGGUUGAAGCAAGAAACAUUAUAUCUAUACCGAACCAAUGUCCUGCUGGUUAUAGACCUGACGCUUUAGGCUAUUGCCGUAAAGAAUUUAACUGAUAAGUAAUCGAGCGUUAAGAGCUAUUUUCCUCUAACCGACCAGCCGCGAUCGAUCAGCGUAGUUUCAACUGACAGUUUAAAAGAACGAAAAUUUAAUAUAAUAUACUUCUUCUCAGCAUUUCGCAUAUAUCGCAAUCUGGAACUCCGUAAUUUGGAGCUGAGUUUAAAAGUAGAUAUAAUUUACUUGUUAACCAAACGAAAAUGAACACAAGUUUCGAUACGACAUCUUUUGUCCAAUCGCCUGCGACUAGCCGCUUAUUGGAAAAUUGGUCUUAGAAUAUAACGAAGACAGAAAACUGAAAAAACGAAUUAAACAAAUAUUGAAAUCUGAUAAUACUGGUUAUUUAAUAUAGAUUUGAAGUAA